AUGCGUCGACCUACCGUAGAUCGCAUAGCUCGUCAGUGCAAAUCCGUGGAGUUCGACCUUGCGCCGUGGCGGGGAGGGGGUAAGCACCGGGCCAUCGUAGCUAGUAUACCUUGGCGGGCCGGAUGGCUCUUUCAUCCCCGGGUCUUAAAGCCCUCCCGAGUCUCCCUUCCCGCUUUACGGCAAUCGUUGCAUGUCUGGGACGGCAAUGCACAAGAGCUGCAGCUACGUGUGAGCAAAACUCUGACGGAUGCGGGGCCUGACACCACACUGCACCAGCUGAACAAGCAAAUGCUUCAUAUCUGCGCACAGUUGCGCAUAGAACCUUCCUUGAGCAUAGACACUGUCGUAGUCUACGUGGGAUCAUCUCAGCCUGGAAAGCAUACCGUGUUCUUCAGCGUCGUAGUCGUGAGUUGCGUGCAGCCAGCCGACAAGCUCGGCGCCAGUGGUUCGAGAAUCAUAUUCUCACCGCAGAAGCGGCAGCCCAGAGGCAGGUACGACACUGUCAGGAUUCGGAAGGCCGAUGGCACCCUGCUAGGGCCGCGCGAGGAAUUCGAAGAGAUUCUCGCAUACUUUCGCGAUGCCUUUGAUGGCGAGGACAUAACAGUUGAAAGCACGUGUGUAGUGGCCGUAGCAGUCCGAGAACGGCUGACUGCCAUUGUUGGCCCGUAUGUUGCGCAGAGACCGCAGUUUGCUUACAUCCAGGGCAAGUCCAUCGAUGGCGCCAUAGCAAGGGUCCUAUCGCACUGCUCCAGCAUUCGUGCCAAACUGCAGCACGCCUGCUUAACCGUCCAUGAUAGGCGUGAGGGGCGCACAGUAAGUCGGUGUCUAGGAGGCGCCAUGCUCAGCCUCGACUUGAGCAGAGCUUUCGAUGAAGUCCCAAGACUUGCCCUUGAUGCCUCAUUGGCCCACGCGGGUGUUCCAGCAGACUUACGAGAGCUCAUCAUGCGGCUGCAUACACAAUGUCACUAUGCCGUCACCCACAAGGGUCAGCAUGGCCACUUUCCGAUGCGGAAAGGUGUCAGACAAGGGUGUGCCUUGAGUCCCUUGCUCUUCACUGUCUACACCUGUCACUUAUAUGAUGUUUUGGCCUCACGUACGUCUGCAUGCUGGGCAGCGCGUGCCAUCACUAUGUUCGCGGAUGACACCCACAUUUCGUGGGAUAUCGAUUCCACUGCCGAUUUACGUUUCCUUGUCAAGUGUAUCCAAAUCACAUUUCAGACCUUUGCUGAGUUUGGUAUGAGACUAAACCCUGACAAAUCAAAAUUUAUCUUGAAAAUCCGUGGUGGAGCAGCGCGUAAGUGGAUCAAAGCCCACACGCAGCGCACUGCCAAUGGACCGGUGCUCAAUCUGGGCACUCCGCACGCAGUCAGCGAUCCAGUGGCGCAGGUAGCCACGGAUCGUGAGGAGCUGCUGGGGCACUCGCCUCGCAGAAUGGAGAACGAGAAGGAGGAGGCAGCCCGAGCCGUUCAGGCUCGCGAGGAGAUGCGGCAGGUACUAGGUGCUAUCCCCCCGCCGAGCCUGAGCACCACUCCGGGACCAAGCGAAGGAGGCCUGGAGGACGACCAGGCCCCCACGCCGGAAGCUCGACAGCCCAAAUGGCAGAAACCAGCUUCCAAGGGGGGCAAAGGCGGCUCACAGGGUGGCUGGUACCAAGGCAGCUGGGGCCAGAAGCGCCAGUGGGAGCCGGCGGCUACGGCGAGUCUGGUGCUGGACCAGGCCACUCAGGAUGUAAUGCGGAGCAUGGUGAAGGUGGUGCUCCGGCACGAGGCAGAGAUCCAGCGGAUCAAGACCGAUGUCGGCUACAUGGUCUUCAUCGGCACGGUCACGACACCGUUGCGGCACGUCCUCUUUCUCUGCAUGCUGGAGACCCUGAAGACGAAGGCCGAGGAGGUGUUGCAAGACGAGGACCGCCUUCAGCGUUGCAUGAACGUGGAGUGGACGGUGCAGGGAGCCACGGCGCUCAACCCGGCCUGG